AUGGUAUUUUAUUUACCUGCCGAUGCGACGGAAAAAAUUACACUUGCAAUUAGCAUUCUGCUGGCUCUCGUCGUCUUCCUACUUCUUGUUUCCAAAAUGUUACCGCCAACUUCAGCAACAAUUCCACUGAUGGCCAAAUAUUUACUUCUCAUAUUUGUGCUCAAUAUUAUCACUAUUUUGGUCACUGUAAUUGUUGUCAAUAUCUAUUUCCGAGGCUUCACGACACAUGAAAUGCCCCCGUUUGUAAGAACUGUUUUUUUGAAAUACUUGCCGCUGCUGCUGAUGAUGGAACGGCCAGUCUACGACGAAAGACGUCGGAUGCAAUGGUGCCGGGGUAAGGAUGGCCGUAGAAACGCAAAAAACAAAACGCGCUUCAGUGGCAGUUACGUAGAUAACGAGUACUGGAUCGAGCCCGGAGAAUUCGUCGAAAUGUCCUCACCAAAGAAAGAAUCUUUGAAGGUUUACCACAUCUCAAGUCCAAGUCAAAAGAAACCAAAACGCGAAGCACUGCUUGACGAUAGGUGCGAACGGAGUACGCCAGCAACUCCUGAUCCCAUCUUUCCUCAUUAUGCAAAAAUACGACAUCGACGAAGAAUGCCACAAACUCUAAUGAAUAUGCCAGAAGAGUUCGUGGCCGAAAUGCCAAAACAGAUGGUCGAAGCAAUUGAGGCUAUCCAAUACAUCACCGAGCAUAUUGCCAAGGAGGACAGUGCUAAAAAG